AUGCGCUAUCUCGAUAUCGCACGCGGCAGCUCUUCAAGUGACGAACGCAUGGCCGCCUUGAGGCAGCUGCGAGAAGAGAAUGGCACCAGACCACCAAGGAGCCGCGCGCCAGAGUUGGGGAUCAGUAGGCUGAGAAGGGUCUUUAACCGGCGCAUGAGCGGGAGUAGAGCGGGCUCGUCGGUUACGGUUAAUGAGCCUGCGCCUCCGGCGGCUGGGGCGGCGGGUGCGGAGACGGCACAGGGGGUGCGGGGUUGA